UUUUGUUUUCGAAAUUAAUAUAAAAAUAUUGAAAAAAUCCAAAAAAACUAAAAAAUCCCAAAAAAUCCCAAAAAAAUCGUAAAAUUUGUCGAAAAAUAGCAAAAAAUAACCGAAAAAAAGAUGAACCCUUCGGGCCCCUCCUAUCCCAUGGCGUCGCUCUACGUCGGCGACUUGGCUCCGGACGUGACGGAAGCGAUGCUCUUCGAGAAGUUCUCGACGGCCGGACCCGUGCUGUCCAUCAGAGUGUGCAGAGAUAUGAUCACAAGACGCUCUCUCGGCUACGCGUACGUCAACUUCCAACAGCCGGCAGACGCCGAGCGCGCGCUGGACACGAUGAACUUCGACGUGAUUAAUGGGCGGCCCGUGCGCAUCAUGUGGUCACAGCGCGAUCCCUCUCUGCGCAAGAGCGGCGUCGGCAACAUCUUCAUCAAGAACCUGGACAAAAGCAUUGACAACAAGAUAAUGUACGACACGUUCUCCACGUUCGGCAACAUCCUGUCGUGCAAGGUCGCGCAGGACGACGAGGGCAACAGCAGGGGGUAUGGCUUCGUGCACUUCGAGUCGGAAGAGGCGGCGACGAACGCCAUCGCCAAAGUGAACGGCAUGUUGUUGAACGGCAAGAAGGUGUUCGUGGGAAGGUUCGUGCCGCGGAAGGAGCGCGAGAAGAACAUGGGCGAGCGCACGCGCCGCUUCACGAACAUCUACGUGAAGAACCUGAGCGAAGAGUACGACUGCGACGAGAAGUUGCGCGCGUUGUUCGAGCCGUACGGGGAGAUCUCGUCGGCCAAGGUCGUUCCCGACGACUCGGGGAAGAGCAAGGGCUUCGGCUUCGUGUCGUUCGAAGAGCCCGAGAUGGCGGAGAAGGCGUGCGACGACCUGAACGGGAAAGAGCUGUCGAAUGGGAAGACGCUGUUCGUGGGGCGCGCGCAGAAGAAGGCCGAGCGCCAGGCCGAGUUGCGGCGCAAGUUCGAGCAGCUGAAGAUCGAGCGCCUCAACCGCUACCAAGGCGUCAACCUGUACGUG